AUGACGUCGAAAAUGGCCUUUCUCGACUUUGAAGAUGAGGCAGAAAUUGAGGGAGAAGAUGGCGCCUUCAAGGAUAGUAUAAUCGAACCUGUCUACCGACAAAAAUUGGAAAAAACAAGCUCUACUUGUCACCAAGGGCGAGCUCCUACUCUCACUAUUGAAGUUGUCCGUGUCAGCCGACCCCUGAAGGUCAUAUCCCUACUUCUGGCAGUCGUGGCGCUGGUAUUAAUGAUCAUCGCUUCCUGUUUCGCAAAUUGGAUGUACAUAGGCCCCUCCCAAAUGGGACUUUUUCAUGAAUGCUUUCCAGAAGACGUUGAAAGUGUAACCUAUACAUGUACCAAAACCAAUUGUUAUUCAUGUGAAUUCCUUCUUCAUCGGAAUGCUUUUGGCGCUGGUGGGGAUGUUUUUUCUGCUACUAGGAAUUCUUCUCUUUGUGUCUGGGCUUUUGGUUUACUCUCAGGUUUCCAAAAGACACCUUUACAAUGCUACCGUAGGAUUCUUCAUGUUAGCCGCCCUUUUCUAUACGGCCUGCUUAAUUACUUUUCCCAUAAAUUUUCUGAUCCAAUUCUCAGAUGA